UAACACAGUCGAUCUGUCAUUCUGUUCAAGUUAGUGAUUUAGAGUGCCGUGGGAGUGGGACCAGCUCCACCAGCAUGUAGCUGUACAAGUGGAACCAUGAGCUUGUUCAAGUACUCCAAGUUGGAUUGUAUCCUCACUUAUUUGGGCCUGGCAUUUCUAUUGUUGGACAUUGGUCUGGAUAUAUGGACUGUGGUGUCUUUCUAUCAGGAAGAGGAAUACUUGUAUCUCGGCAUCCUGAUAUUGUUCCUCCUGGGCUCGUCAGUGCUUAUUCAAGCAUACAGCUGGCUGUGGUAUACUUAUGAUAACUUUGAACGGGUGACAAGGGUUGAGAGCUGUCUCACUCCUAAACAGCUCAAGGCCCUGCACUUUUUACAACUGGGAACCUACUUCAGGCAUGCCGGCGUUGUGGAGAUCACGUCCUGCAGCUGCAUUACAAAGACCCAAAACCCAGUAGACGCUGCGGUGUUCGUGACUCACGACCUCAGCAUGCUACGGCUCUUCGAGGCUUUUUCAGAGAGUGCGCCGCAACUGGUCCUCAUGCUCACCAUCAUGCUGCAGCAGGGACAGCUGGAUACUCUGACAGUGUUGAAGGCCGUCGGCUCGGCUUCAGCUAUCGCCUUCAGCGUGACCGCGUACCACCGCUCCCUGCGCUCCUUCCUGCCUGAGAAAAAAAAGCAACACCUCGUCUCCUCGCUCAUCUACUUCGCCUGGAACCUUCUCUUCAUCUUCUCCCGGCUGGCCGCCAUCGCCCUCUUCGCCUCCGUCCUGCCCUGCUUCAUCUUCACCCACUUCCUUUGCUCCUGGCUGCUCCUAUUCUUCUGCGCCUGGCGCUCCAAGACGGAGUUCAUGGACAGCCCAGGUGGGGAGUUGCUCUACCAGGCCACUGUGGGCCUCAUCUGGUAUUUUAACUGGUUCACUGUGGUGGAAGGAAGGACUAGAUACAAAUUGUUGUUCUAUCACAUCUUCAUCCUGCUUGAUGUGUCCCUAAUGUGUGGUUUGUGGUGCUGGAGGAUGCACACACAACCCCUUUCUUUUAAAAUCCCACUCUUGUAUGCCUGCAUCAUUGCUGUCAGUGUGGUUGCACUUUACAUUUUCGGCCUAAUACUCAAAAGAAUCUAUUACAAGUGCUACCAUCCAAACCUGAAAGGAGACGCUAGUAGUACUACACAGAAGGCCGACAUGUUCUUAGCCCGUAAUUUGGUGCCGGAGGACAGUGUUCCUCACAUUAGCGAUCAAAGUUACAUGGGUGAAGACGUAACGGACGGCGCCGUGGCCCAAGCGGACGCCAAACUUUACAAUAAGAGAAUGAGGAAGCUGGCGGAGAAUUUCUUCUCAUGAUGCAUUCACUUGACUUGCACGUGGAUGACCCACACGCACAAUGUAUGAUGUCUGUCACAAGGGAACAGUUCUCUAACCUCAACGUGGACCACUUGACGUUCUGUCUUGUUAUGGUUCCCAUUAUUUUAUUUGUAGUUACCAAUGUUGUUCAUUGGUUCUAUAUGUACAUUGGACAAGCUGUUACGGUGUGUUGAUAGUCAACAGUGUAGAGCUGCUAACUCAAGACCGUGCAUGAGUGAAAGUGAACCUAAAGUAUUUGAAUGCAUUGUUUGGUUGAGUUAGGUACAUCUGCACAAUCUAAUAUCUAAUAAAUCUGCCUGUACAAACAGAAUGUUUAGUUUUGAUUGGCAUGAGUAGAGACUUAUUACUCUACCAAUAUGAUUAAUGGAAUUGUAGCUUACAGUGCGAACUGUUAAUGCAGACUUUUUGAUACAGCUCUUGAAUUGGAUCUAAUUAGAUUGUGCGAGUAUAGCAAACUCAAAUGUCAGCAAUUGAAGGCUGCAACUGGUUUCCUUGAACACUUUGUGUGAAUUAGUGUACCAAGUAGCCUCAAUGUUCAUACCAACCCCUUAAAAGUACUGAACUCUCUGGUUAUUAAGUAUCAUUACAAUCACCGAUAAUGUAAAUGUUGACAUAUGAACAAUAUAUAUAAUAAACAACAUGUGCCUGCCUACAGAUGCACAAAUAUAGGUCCUAAAAUAUGACUAUGUAAAUACUUAUAGUAUAUGUUUAAUGCAAUUGUAUUAUUUAUUAAUGUAAUUAAAAUAAUGCAUUCAUUUUUGGAUCGUGAACAAAUGAAAGAAAACUUGCAGGUGGGUAAUAUACUCUGUCAAAGUAUGCAAAGACACCGGUCGGUCAGUGUAUUUCCAAUGUGCUGACUUUAUCAGAUAAACAGGAAAUCCUUACAGAGAUUGAGUGUUGAGGUCCCGAACGGCUACAGUGGUCGAAAAGACCCUCACGGGUCCUGACCAUGAGAUGAAAAAAAUUAAAUCUAAUUUUAGGUUGAAAAAGUGUCUGAGACUAUUGUACUUUCAACAUUGCAUCCCCAUUGUUUACUUUAAAACAGACCUGGCAUGCAGGGUACUCAUGGAACAAAAUAAUUUCAUGUGUCAGUAAUGGUAGGGCCAUUCUGUGUAUUGUGCACAAAGUGAACAUAAAAAUACACAAAUG